CCCACAAUGCCAGGCAGCUGAUUAGAGAGCUCUCCGUGGUGCUGAAAAGAGAAAAACACAUUCAGACACACAGUGAGUGCAGUACGGCAAUGAGAGAGAGAGAGAGGGAGAGCGAGAGAAAGAAAGUGAGAGAGAGAGAGCGAGCGAGCGAGAGAGAGAGAGGAAGGUAGAGUAGGCGUGUUCUUUGUGUUGUGAUCCACACUUCUGAAGCCUGGACUCAUCUGCUGUGGCUCAGGCUAGCAGAGAGGAGCUCUGUGUGGAUGAGAGAGGCAGUGGAGGGAUGCUCCGACUGAACACCCCCUGACACACACAUACACACACCGCUCUUCUUUUCAACUACGGACACAAACUGCACCUGUGACACACACACACCUGGAAAGCGAGAGUUCAUCGGACAGAAAAAGCCACGAAGAACAAGUCAACUUCGGCGUGUGAAUUCAUUCUGCAGAAAGUGGCUGCAAGUCAAGAGGAGUGUGUGCGAGGCUUGUUUGUGUCUGUCUGUUUGUCAGUGAGGAUGUGUGUGUGAUGCUGGUAGGGUCUGGUCCAGUGCUGCUGCCUCCUCCCGUGCUCUGUAGCAUGUGCAGAUGAGUGUGAAGCUGGCCCCUGGGUUGGAGUCUAGCAUCGUUUGGACAGGGGGCUUGGGUCUCUCCGGCUACCCAGGGGAGGGAGCACUGGUCUGGGCAUCCACUGGCCACUGCCCCGGCCCUGGAGGACUCCUCUGAGCAAGCCUUACUGUCGGGAGCGUACAAUGGCUACUGGACUUCCCUGUGGAUUUAAGUGGAAUUCUGCACAGAUGCUCCAGGAUCUGUCCGAGUUGUUCAGCGGCUCGCACUGGACUCACCUGGAGAACACCGCAUUGGCCCUCCUCAAGUCAGCAGGGACACAGCUCCACUAAGGCUGCCGGAUCGCUUGCGAAGAAUGAUGAGCUCCAAAGAGGAAGAAACUCUGAGAUUUCUCCAGUAUGUUGAAGAUAGCGGACUAAGAGCCUACAGCGGGCUGGUCUCUCAGAACCUGGAUCACGCCAGGAAUGAGAGGAACAGGAUUUACCUACAGGAGAAAAACGACAAGAAGAGAAAACAGGAGGAAGCCAUAAAGAGGACGGGCGAAGAGGUGGUGACUGAGGGGAAGCUCCUGCGCAUGGGCUCCAUGACAAUGCCACCCCCCCCGGAGCGCAUGCCCGUGCCCCCCUAUCUUGCUUGCGGGCCGGGCUUCGCUGUGCGCUCCCAGUCCCUACACUCGGUGGGUGGGGGCAGUAAUGGCGGUGGGGAGGAGGAAGUGGGCAGCCCCACGUCCCGCAAGCAGCCCCCACCCAAACCCAGGAGGGACCCGGCUACCAAGUUGAGCAUUUCCUCUGAGACAGUGGACCACAGCCCCACCUUGGUCUGUAGGGGCUGCAGGGCCAAUCCGGACAGUUGUGAUGCGCCACAAGGCUGCGGCGAAGACUGCAAGAGGGUCCCUCCCCCCAAACCCAGGAGGAAUCCCAACACCCAGCUGAGCACCUCCUUCGAUGAGUCCUACAUCAGGAAGCACGGAGGCUGCAAGGGUCACUCCCCCUCUGCGGAGCGCGAGCGCAACCCCUCGCCGCCGAGCGACGAGAGCCCCAGCCACCACUCCGACUCGGAUGAGCCCGUCUACAUCGAGAUGGGCGCCAGUGUUGGGGGCGGGGGGCAAACAGAGGCGCCCAAGAGUGAGGACGAGGAGCCGGACGAGUCGGUGUAUGAGGAGAUGAAGUACCCCCUCCUGGAUGACAUGGACUACCGCUGGGACCCCCCGGGAUGCCGCUCCGCCUGCCCCACCCCGGCACCACUGGACCCUGAGCCCCUCAGCCGCUGCUCCACUCCGCGCAACAUCCCCCUCUGCGACAUUCCCGCGCCCUUCCCCAACCUGCUAACCCACCGGCCGCCUCUCCUGGUGUUCCCCCCUUCGCCAGCCCAGUGCUCGCCAAACUCAGACGAGUCCCCGCUCACCCCUCUGGAUGCACUGACCAAACUGCCCAUGAUGGACAACCCCGGUGCCUACAGCAAGUCACCCACCUCCUCUUCCGAGCCCCCCUUGGCGCACCUACGCCGGGAGCUGACCGCCACGCCCACCCUGACCGUGUCGGGUCGCUCGUCGGCCCCGCCCCUGCCCUGCACCCUCUACAAGUCCUCGGCCUCCUCGGCGCACGGCUAUCAGCGCAGCCACUCAGCCUGCCCCUCGCCCGUCAGCAUGGGCCGCUGCCUAACUCCCCUCAGCCUGAUGCGUGCGCCACCCUUCGACGCCCCCACUCCCUUCCCAGGCGGGCUGCCGCGCAGCGCCUCUGCCACGCCCCAUGGAAAGGGCUCGCCGCCCCAGGAUUGCGUUGCUGGGGGCAGGCUGCAUGGGUCGAUGCAGAACGUGUCGACGGGGCGCUCACGCACACCGACCAGCCCCCUGGACGAGCUGACCAACCUGUUCACCGCCGGUAGGAACAUGAUGAAGAAGAACACCAGCGGAAGGAAGUCCAAGGAGCCCGGGGAGACCGAGUCCAAGAGUAAGCCUAACAGCGAGUCCAAACGUGACGGCAAGGAGCGGCACAGUCACAGCAAGGAGUCCAAACGGGAGAGCAAGGAGUCCAAACGGGAGAGUAAGGAACGUAGCAAAGAGUCUUCUUCUCACAGACGCGACACCAAGGACAGGGGCUGUAGCAGUGUUGAACCCCUGCCUAUGAAACGGGACAGCAGAGACCGGGGUUGUAAUAGUGUGGAGCCCUUGCCUAUGACAAGAGACAGUAAAGAUAGGGGUUGCACUAGUAUUGAGCCCCCGCCUGUCAGACGGGACAGCAAAGACAGGGGCUGCAAUAACAUAGAAUUGAUGCCUAGACGCAAUAGCAAAGACAGAAGUGUCCACAGCAUGGAGCCUUUACUACGGCAGGAGAGUAAAGACUCUCCCCGGAAUGGUGUGGAGUCCAGACAUGACAGCAAAGAAAGGCUCAGCCACCAGAACCCACCGGAACUUCUACCCAGGCAAGAUAGCAAAGACCGAACCAGGAACGAAAUGGAUUCGAGACAUGACAGCAAAGAACGAAUUGAUCAGCCACCAGAGCUCCUACCCAGACAAAAUUGCAAAGAUUCACCCAGAAAUGGCCUUGAGUGCAGACGUAAUAGCAAAGACCGAGACAGGGCGAGCUAUGGCCUGGAGUCUAGACAAGAGGGCAAAGAACGAAGUUACAAUGGAAUGGAGCUCUCACCCCGACAGGACAUCAAAGAGUCAGCCAGACAUGGCCUUGAAGCCAGGCGUGACAGCAAGGACAGAAGCUGCAAUGGCUCAGAACUGCCCCCCCGGCGCGAUAGCUAUGGCAAGAGUGCCAAUGGGGUAGAUCCUAGGCGCGACAAAGACCGGGUGGGUUACAGCUCAGAUGUCUUGCCCAGGCGUGAUAGCAGAGAUAAGGGGACCUACAACUUUGAGCAAUCAAAAGCACAAGAGAAGAACGGUCAAUCAGGGCAACAAUCAUCGACGGCCACACCAACUCGGCAUGGAAGACCUGCUGGCAGUCCGCCAAUGAUGUUGGGAACUGGCAAUACAGAACUGAAACCAGCACUUCCGAAGUAUGGCCGCUCCUCCUCUGCCCCAGUUACACCCUCUCCCUUGGGGACCCCACAGAGGCAAGCACCAGAGGCACAGGUACCCCAGAUGCCGUGGAUGUGUGGGGACAGCACCAUGCUGGAGCAGAUUGAGAGGAAGCGCACCCUAUGCAUGGAGAUCCGCUCCAGGCAGCGGCCCCCAGACAGAAACCACCCGGACAGGAACCUGUGCAAGCAGAAGAACAACGGGGCCAAAAAGAUCCAGCCGCCCCCGUACCCCACACAGACCACUGUGUUCUGGGACACAGCCAUCUGACUAUAACCAAUGAUGAACUAUAACCCACUUGGCCCCACGCCCAACCCCCAUCUAGACUUUGUGCCUACUGAUUGGCCUACUCCGCAUCACGGGGGUCAGGGGCAGCCAAUAAGAGCAGGGAGGGGAUCGCUGAUGUCAAAGGACAAUGGUGGUUACCAUAGCAAUAUUUCCGCUUGUUCAGGUUGUAAUGUUUUCUCAUCAUCACUGGUGAUAUUUGAUAUUUUUCUAUUUCAAGUGACUCCAUGUAAGAUACUUAGUACGAAUAAAUAUUUUCUAAACAAAAAGGGAUAAAGCAGCAAAAACUGUGUCGAUGUAGAGCAAUCCAAUGUUUCUUUUACGUUUUUGAUUUGGUAUUUCACAUUUUAAAGCAUAAUCUAUCACGGAUAAUUAUUUAUGCCAAAUGCUCAAUGAAUUCCCAGUACUCAAAGCACUCUUUUGAAUGGAGGAUAUUCUGACUGUCAACACACUGCCACUGUUGUACGUUGACAUAGAAUUCUAUCAGAGCCAUGUAUUUCGAUCUAAAUACAUGGCUCCGGUUGCCAUUAGCCCUUGGGCCAAUGUGUUCUAGUAUGUACAAUACUUAGUCCGAGAACAGGUCAGGAAUCUUGUGCUUCAGUUUGUAAGUUUACAAGCUGUGUAGUCAGUCAGAGCCUUUGACAAGGAUUUAUUUGUUAUGAGAUGGGUUGGCUAGCAUGUACAUAGUACACAACACUAAGAUAGAAACGAUGGUGGGUCAGGGAGAUAAACCUAAGGACAAACCUAUUAUCCCAAACCAGCCUGCUGAGGUAAAUUGUGGGUGAGGUUGCACUUUGGGUGAGGUUGCACUUUGGUUGGUUAUCUAAUGUAGGUUGGUGGAAAUAGCUGGCAUAGGUCAGCUCUCCUACUCUGCCAGGCACAUUGAGGGCAUCUUCCCACAGAGUAGAUACGGAACUCAAUCCACACCAACAACCAGCCGGAACAAUUCAUGCCUGAACUUUUAGACAAAAACUUAAUCUUACGGCAGAAUAUGUGUAUAUUAUGCACUUGCUUGAGAAAUAACUUUGGAAAAAUAUGCUUAUAUAUUUUUGGGUAAAAUGUAGAGUAGUAGAGCUGUGCCAUGUAAUACGUUAUCACUGGUUGGCUGGGUGGUAUGAUCGCAGAUGAUUGGCUGUCUGUGACAGGCCGUCAUCCGUGACUGGCUGUCUGUGAUGCAUUGUCCCCCGUGAUUGGCUUGGCAGCAUCCAUUUUAGGGAUCAGAUGAUAAGGACCUAUAGGGUGGCCACAGCUCUGCCCAAGAAUAAAGACAUGGGUUACACAAGGGCCUACAGAUCAAGGCUUUGUAAAGUAAAGAUUAAUAAUGAAAAAACUGCACUACCCAUCAUCCUCCAUCACACGCAAUUAGGCUGGAUCCAUGUCCAGCUACCCCUCCACUCCCCCUCUACCUCCUACAUCAUCUAAAGAGGUUAUCUUUUGCACGUAAGAAAUGCAAUGUCUGCAUUGCCAAACUGUUUUAGAUGUACCCCCCCCCCUCCUAUUCCUGUCCUCCAUAGACCAGCAUGCACCUGCAUGGGCAAUAGGGGUGUGACUGAAGUCAUGGGUGACUCAGGAGUUGCCUCUAACAGUUGUUCCAGGGCCAGAUUUCUUAAUGGUCUCCUAGGUUAAGGUUAGGAUUUGGGUAAUCUAACUAUAGAUCUGUGGGGGAUGGUCCUACGUCAAGCGAUGAAUCCCUUUGAGGUUGUUUAAGGUGCAGUGUACUGUAGUGAUGUUGGGGACGGGUGAGAGACCAAUAAACGGCUAGAUCCCCAAAUCUGUCCAUUCAUUGGCAGACAUGAGCAGCAGUCCUAUAGGAAUGGAGGAAAGGAAACCUAGGAGUAGCAUGAACAACCUAACUGGUUAAGCCAGUGCAGUACCCCUUCCACUGAGAAAUCAACACGGAGGUCCCAACGAGUCCUUUAUACCUGUAUGUCUGUGUGAGUGUGUGUUAGUGUGUGUUAGUGUGUGCCAAGCUACACUGUAUGCAGGUCAACUCUGAAAUGAUUGUUUUUAACAUGAACUUUUCUGCCCCGCACGGUUGGUCAGCGCAGGCAGGUCUGAAAUGUAUAACGAUGUACAAUCUCUUUUGUGUGUGUAUAGAAUAUGUGCACUGUGAAAGGUAGAGCGAGCACAGCACUGUGAAAGGUAGUGAGAGCACAGCACUGUGAAAGGUAGAGAGAGCACAGCACUGUCAGAGUCAUCUGUCUUAUUUCUAAAAAGGAACAGAAGAAGAAGGAAAAAAAAUGUUUGAGAAAAUGAAGUACUGUAUGCUGAUUGUCACAUGGGUUCUGUUGUCGAGAGAAAUAAAUAUGAACUUCGACCCGCUGUGGAAGA